CAACAGAACAGCUUUACGUGAGCUUGCAUUUUCGACGUAAACGAAUUGUCAUUCACAUUCACAUUCAUUCAUUUAGAAAAUCCACGAACUCACAGAUUUAUUGAAAUAUCUCGAGUACAGCCAAUGAAUCUAGUUUUCUAAAAUACAAGUAAUAAGAGUAUAAUGGACCGUCUUUUACGUCUCGGCGGAGGGAUGACGGGGCUGUCGCAGGCGCCCCCGCCUACAGACGCUCCGGUGGUGGACACCGCCGAACAAGUAUACAUUUCGUCUUUGGCCCUCCUUAAAAUGCUGAAACAUGGUCGUGCUGGUGUCCCCAUGGAGGUCAUGGGUCUUAUGUUAGGUGAAUUUGUGGAUGACUACACAGUUCGCGUGAUAGAUGUAUUUGCGAUGCCUCAGACUGGUACAGGUGUGUCAGUAGAGGCUGUAGAUCCUGUCUUUCAAGCUAAGAUGUUGGACAUGCUGAAGCAAACAGGACGCCCGGAAAUGGUGGUUGGCUGGUACCACUCACAUCCUGGAUUCGGUUGCUGGCUGUCAGGCGUCGACAUCAACACACAGCAGUCAUUCGAGGCCCUCUCCGAGCGCGCCGUCGCCGUCGUCGUCGACCCCAUCCAGUCCGUCAAAGGAAAGGUCGUUAUCGAUGCAUUCCGUCUCAUCAACCCUAACAUGAUGGUUCUCGGCCAGGAGCCCAGACAGACCACCUCCAACUUGGGACAUCUUCAAAAACCCUCAGUACAAGCGCUCAUCCAUGGCCUGAAUCGUCAUUACUACUCCAUCAGUAUAAACUACCGUAAGAACGAAUUGGAACAGAAAAUGCUGCUGAAUCUUCACAAAAAGUCCUGGAUGGACGGACUCACACUAUCAGACUAUAAGGAGCACUGCGCGAUCAACGAAACCACAGUUACAGACAUGUUAGACUUGGCUAAGAAUUAUAACAAGGCCUUGGAAGAUGAGGAAAAGAUGACGCCCGAACAGCUCGCCAUCAAGAACGUAGGCAAGCAGGAUCCCAAGAGGCAUUUAGAAGAGAAAGUAGAUGUCCUAAUGUCAAACAAUAUAGUUCAAAAUCUAGGAGCGAUGCUGGACACCAUGGUGUUCAAAUGAUCGUGACGUGGGACGUUUUGUACCGUACAGUGUUAUUUAAGGCUAUAAAGUGGCAAAUAAAGGAAUCCAUUCUCGCAGUACACCGUGUCUCAUGUCCACUUGUGUAUAUUACUUAUAUAUUAUUAUGUAUUAAUUUACUUAAUUAUAUCGCAAUAAAACAAUUCUUAUUU